AUGCAUUUGAACCUUCAGUGCGGAUGGAUUAUCCCCGAGUCUUGCGCCGUGGACGUCUGUUUAGGUGCUAAGGGUCUUAACGCCACGAUUGAGAGAGGUUUUGGAAACCAAAAACAGGAAAUUCCAAAAAUUUCUGUUAUUCGGGACUUGGUGAAACAUGCACUUAUUCUGCUCGUGGCACAGACAACAACCGCAACAGUUUCACCACCUGUGGCGCAGGAUAUAGAGUUAUUUUGCAGAAUUAGGAUAUAUCAAGGCGUAUAG